AUGGAUUCCUUUGCUGCAAACCAAAAGAAAUCGUUCCACAUUCGUUCGAACAGUUUGCCCUCAAAGCCACACCCAGUUGUGGAUGAAGUUGAUGAACAUCUCUGCAGAUUGAAGUCCUCUGAAGCCACUUCUACAUCUUCUUCCUUGUGCCAAAAACUCGAUGGUCUUCAAGAUUUACAUGAUUGUAUUGAUAAAUUGCUUCUUUUGCCACUCUCCCAUCAAGCUCUUGUUGAUAAUGAAUCGGUUGAUGACCAAUUAGAAGGAUCUCUUAAGCUCUUGGACUUGUGUGCUAUGGCUAAGGAUGCAUUGUUGCAAACAAAAGAAAGUGCACAUGAACUAGAGUCGACUUUGCGCAGAAGAAGAGGACAUGACAUCGUCGGUGAUGUUCAAAAGUAUUUGAACUCAAGGAAGAUGAUAAAGAAGGCAAUCCACAAAGCCUUGAAGGGAAUGGAAAGAUCAAAAUUCCCAAAAAGUGAUGAAAGUUCAGAAGUUGUUGGCUUGUUAAAAGAGGCAGAAACUGUCACAUAUAACAGCAUUGAAUCCGUGUUGUCAUUUAUAGCAGGACCAAAGUUGCCAUCAAAGAUGAGCGGAUGGUCUUUGGUUUCUAAGUUCAUUCAAACCAAGAAAGUAGUGAGCAAAGAUCUAGACACAAGUGGAAAUAAAGUAGAGAUGGUGGAUGCUGCAUUAUAUUCAAUCAUUAGUCACAAAUAUGAUUGCAUUGUGCAAGUUGAAGAUGUGCAAAUCUUGCUGAAGAAAUUAGCGUCAAGUAUUCAAGACCUCGAAGAAGACCUUGAGAGUUUAUAUCGGCGCCUUAUCAAGAAUAGGGUCGCGUUUCUUAACAUCCUAAAUCACUAA